CAAUGCCACGUCAGCAAGUCUGGAUUAGCAAAACGGACAUCAUCUUCGUUUCUCUCGCCACACUUCACAUAACCACCACUUCAUCUUCUUCUUCGCUCUAUCCUCAUCACACUCUCUCUCUCUACACUUCCAUGGAUGUGAACUUCUCCGCAAAAUCUCAAGCUCUGACCCUAAUCUCAUGCACUCCACUCUACUCUUCUCCUUCUCCUUCUUCUUCUUUCUCCACUCUCCGCCGUGAAUUUCUCGGUUGCGGCCAUAAUUUGAGGCCUCCGGGUCUCCGAUCUCCCAAGAAAUGUAAAAAUAUACGUUUUCGGAUCCAGUCGCCUUCCAGGUUCUACUUCAAGGCUUCCUUGGGCUCGCAGCCGGUUCUCGUCGUUGUUGCUGUGGCGGCUGUUUUUGCUUUCAGUGUUGUGUUUCUCAGCUAUUCAAGGCGGAGGAAGAACUCCAGAGAGGUCUCAGGUCCCUCAGGUUUUGCAAUAUCCCAACUGAGCAGAGAUGUUAUGAACCAAUUUAUGGAGAGUGCAAUUCUGGGUUUUGGAGAUCUUCACAAGGAGACCUCUGAAAAAGAAAGCAGAGCUACAAUGGACAUAGUGGAAGAAGUCAGCCAUGCUUCCAAAGAUAAAGAGGCUCCAUGGCAAGAAAUUGCCUUGAUGCAGGAAGAAACUCAUGUCACUAAUACAUCAGAGUCAUCUAGGUUGGAUGUUCUUUCAUCUAAUGCUAAAAAUUGUGUAUCUGUAAGAGAAACUGAAGAGGCAGGCCCAUCGAUCCUGCCUCCUCUGCUCUCUGAGUCAGGCUUGCUGCAACCUCUAGUGUUUGCAACUGAAAUGCCAGAAUUGCAAUUGGAAGAACGUCAAAUGGAAACCGAGUUUGGUUAUGACUUGUCCACACCGGUGGUUCAAACCAAGUCCAUUGCUGCUUCUGUUCCGGACAUCAUUGCACUUGAAGGAGUGAAUGAACGUAAGAAUAGAGGCGGUAGACCUGGUGAAGAGAGUGAAAUCAUUUCCUUUACUGGCAUUUUCAGAGAUACCAUUAGAGAAGAGCUUUACACAUUUUAUGAGGCAAAACAGUCAGUGAUGAAACCUAUGCCAAACUUCAAUGGUAUAAAAACAUUAGCUUCAAAUGCCUCCCUUUUGGAUGGGAAUGGUGUUUCUUUUCAAAUGAGGAAUGCUACAUCAAAGGAAGCAGAAUUAUCAGCCCAAAACUCACAUUCUUCUGCAGACUAUGUUGAAGGAAAAAUGUCUCUUUCUUGUUAUAAAGAAGGUUCUUCUGGUAAAAGGAAUGACCUAGUAAAAGGCAAGGGAUUUCCCAGAGACAAGAACGGAAGGCUUCCACCUCUGAGCGACCAUAGAAAUCUGUCCCAGUUCCCUUUGUCUAAUGGCAUGACUGUCAAAGAAAAAUAUCAUGAUUCUGAGAAAUUCAGUGCUUACAACCGAUUAUUAAGUGAAGGGAGGUUAUCUGACUGCAUACAAUUGCUUGAAGAUAUGGAAAAAAUGGGCUUGUUGGAUAUGGAUAAGGUUUAUCAUGCAAAGUUUUUCAAAAUCUGCAGAAGUCAAAAGGCUGUUACAGAAGCUUUUCGUUUUGCCAAGUUGAUCCCAACUCCAACGUUGAGUACAUUUAAUAUGCUUAUGUCUGUGUGUGCAACUUCUCAAGAUUCAGCUGGAGCAUUCCAAGUUCUACAACUUGUACGGGAGGCCGGACUGAAAGCUGAUUGCAAACUUUAUACUACUUUGAUAUCAACUUGUGCUAAAAGUGGAAAAGUUGAUGCAAUGUUUGAAGUGUUUCAUGAAAUGGUUAAUGCUGAAGUGGAACCAAAUGUUCAUACAUAUGGUGCACUUAUUGAUGGUUGUGGUAGAGCUGGACAAGUUGCUAAGGCAUUUGGUGCUUAUGGAAUAAUGAGGUCCAAGAAAGUGGAGCCAGAUCGAGUUGUAUUCAAUGCACUUAUCACUGCAUGUGGUCAAUCAGGAGCUGUGGAUCGUGCUUUUGAUGUGUUAGCAGAAAUGAGGGCCGAGACACAACCAAUAGACCCUGAUCACAUCACUGUUGGUGCAUUGAUAAAGGCAUGCACAAAUGCUGGUCAGGUUGAUAGGGCACGAGAAGUAUACAAGAUGAUUGAUCAAUAUAACAUUAAGGGCACUCCAGAGGUUUACACCAUUGCUGUUAGUAGUCACAGCCAGAUUGGUGAUUGGGAGUUUGCAUACAGUGUGUACACUGACAUGACGAGGAAAGGCGUGGUUCCUGAUGAGAUGUUUCUCAGUGCAUUGAUAGAUGUUGCUGGGCAUGCUGGAAAGCUGGAUGCUGCCUUUGAGGUCAUACAAGAAGCCAGGAUUCAAGGAAUACCUCUUGGAAUUGUAUCAUAUAGCUCAUUGAUGGGGGCUUGUAGCAAUGCCAAAAACUGGCAGAAGGCACUGGAGCUGUAUGUGGAUAUUAAGUCCAUGAAAUUGAAUCCAACGGUAUCAACUAUGAAUGCCUUGAUUACUGCCUUGUGUGAAGGCGAACAACUGGAGAAGGCUAUGGAAGUUCUAUCUGACAUGAAGAGAGCGGGCUUGUGUCCAAACACUAUCACAUACUCCAUUCUUUUAGUGGCCAGUGAAAAAAAAGAUGAUAUAGAUGUAGGCCUCAUGAUACUUUCUCAGGCGAGAAAAGACAGUGUAGCCCCUAAUCUUGUUAUGUGCAGAUGCCUGGUUGGCAUGUGCUUACGAAGAUUCGAGAAGGCUUGUGCACUUGGUGAACCUGUUUUGUCUUUCAACUCAGGAAGGCCACAGAUUGACAAUAAAUGGACCUCAUCGGCCUUAAUGGUCUACCGUGAAACAGUUUCAGCUGGAGUAAUACCCACUAUGGAACUUCUUUCACAAGUUUUGGGAUGCCUGCAGUUUCCCCGUGAUGUUUCCUUGAGAAAUAGACUCAUUGAGAAUCUGGGAGUGAGUGCUGAUGCUUCAAGACGCUCAAACCUAUGUUCAUUGAUAGAUGGAUUUGGCGAAUAUGACUCUCGUGCUUUUUCAUUACUUGAGGAAGCUGCUUCACUUGGAGUUGUGUCAUGUGUAUCCUUCAAGAAAAGUCCUGUCAUUGUUGAUACAAGGAGAUUGCAGAUCCGAAUUGCUGAGGUGUACCUCUUAACAGUUUUGAAAGGUCUCAAGCAUCGACUUGCUGCUGGAGCAAAGUUACCUAGCAUGACCAUUUUGCUACCUACGGAGACAACACAAGUUCUCGCUCCCAAGGGUGAGAAAGCAAUUAACCUUGCAGGAAGGAUUAGCCAGGCAGUUGCAUCCAUGUUGAGGAGGCUAGGACUACCUUACCAAGGGAAUGAAUCACGCGGGAAAAUCAGAAUCAAUGGUCUUGCCACGAGAAGGUGGUUUCAGCCAAAGCUUGCUGGUCCUUUCAGUGGAAAAGUGGACGAGUUGAGCUCUUCUCAAUCGCGGCUGGGAACAGGGAUCAGUCUUCAGCAGCGCAAAAUUCGAACAGGCAAUCUCUCUUUGGACUAGGAGGGGGAGGCACAUCUUUUGAUUCUCAGCAAGGGCCUGCACCUACAAUGCUGAUGCCUGCACUAAGCUCAACUUGCUGCCUUGUCCUUGGUACCUUUGAGGAAAUAUAAUAUGAGGUGAGAAAAAAUAAAGUAGAGCUUUAGGGUUUAGAGAUCAGUUUUUGAAAGAUCUUAUGAUCCGUUUAUAUUAAUAAAGAGAGAUGUUCCUUUCAUCA